AUGGCCACCACCGAGCUCAUCUUCCCCUCGAUCAAGACCGAUCCGGAAUCACUCAACGAAAUUGAGCGCGAUUGGCCCGUGAUCAGCAAGAGAUUGACACACCCGAAUCCCGGCUUGUUGAACGCCUUUCGUGGCUUCCUGCUGACUGAAGAUGGAGUGGAUGUGCGAGGUGCACACAGGGAGUUUCUUCUAUUCGAAUGGACUCAAGCGGAUGAUUUCCAUCGCUUUGUGAAAUCGGAACAGUUCGCGGAAUUUGCGGCAUCCAUCAAACACCUGGUGACUGGACCACCGACGCUGCAGCUCUUCGAGACCAAUGUCAGCCCUAGAGAGGCAGCGUCGGCGGCUGUUGUUGAAAUCAUUCGAUUGAGUGUCUCGGAUGCCGCCAAUGUCGAGACAGCAGUGCACACAUGGGAGGUGAUAUCUCGCCUCAUUAGUGACAAAAGGAACACUGUCAAUUACGGAACAAGCACAAAUCUCGAGAACAUUGUUGUUGUCGGGAUCAUAGGAUGGGAGAGUUCGGAGGCACAAGCUCAAACAACACAAGAUUGGAAAUAUGUCGAGGCAAUCGAUGCACUCCGGUCUCUGGGAGCAGUCAAUCGACUGACUGUCGGCAUUGACCCGAUGGAGCUAAGCUCCAUGUAA